AUGGCCACUGACGCUUCUGUUUCAAGCAUCAAACUGAUGAACCAGGACCUUGUGAAACUUGAUCAUUUUGAUGGAACAAACUAUACCCGUUGGCAAGACAAAAUGACAUUUCUCCUGACUACUCUGAAAAUUCAAUAUGUCUUGGAUCAUGAUUUGGAGGAAAUUCUAGAACCAAUUGUGGAUGACACCGAUAAAAGGAGAGAAAGAAACGAAAUCUGGAAAGCGCUUGAACUCAAAUUUAAGGCCGAAGAUGAAGGUACGAAAAGGUUCUUAAUAUCUAAAUACUUUGAUUUUAAAAUCUUGGAUUCCACGCCUAUUAUUGCACAAGUACACGAGUUACAGGUUCUCGUGAACAAAAUAAAAGCCGUGAAAAUUGAUGUCCCUAAAGCUUUCCAAGUCGGUGCAAUCAUAGCAAAAUUGCCACCUUCAUGGAAUGGAUACAGAAAGAAAUUGCUACAUAGUUCUGAGGAUUUCUCGUUGGAGAAACUUCAGAAACACCUUCGAAUCGAGGAAGAAAUGAAAGAUCAUGAAAAGAUCGAGUCCGCUGGAUUUGCAAAGGCAAAUACUGUUGCUGCAAAGGGAAAGAAAAAAUAUGAUGGCACAAAAAACCAUCUUGGUCCAAAGAAAGAAUAUAACAGGCACAACAAGCCCAAAAUUGAGGUUAAUGCUGUUCAUGUUAAUGACGACAUAAUUGCUACUGUAAGCGAAAUUAUGGCCAUCAAAAGAAAAGUCCAAGGAUGGUGGUAUGACACAUGUGCAACUGUACAUGUAUCUUGUGAUAAAGCGGAAUUCAAAAUCUAUAUCGAAGUCAAUGAUGGACAGGUAGUGCAAAUGGGCAAUGAAGUGCGAUCAAGAGUUGUUGGAACAGGAUCCGUCGAACUCAACUUCACCUCUGGAAAGAAAGUCACUCUUGUCAAUGUCCUUCAUGUUCCCGACAUGAAUAGAAACCUUGUUAGUGGGGACUUGUUAUUAAGUCUGUAUAUGAAUCGGACAAAUUAA